AUGCUGCAGUUCAUCUUCCUCAACAUCUUCCUCUUCACUUCUGCCCUGUCUUCAGGAUGGGCAAGAAGUGUAGACCCAGAACCGAGAAUCACCAGUCAUACCAUGAUGAACGGCAUGUGCAGCGAUUGCAACAAGAUUGUGCAGUUACUGACAGAAAUGCUCUCCCAUCCGGACUCACAGCAUCUGAUUGAAAAAGCGGUGGACAGGUUUUGUGAUGAACACCCCGUCAUCCCCUUGUGUAUGGAUGGAGCAAAGACAUACGUUCAUUUAAUCAUCAGACAUUUCAGUGCAUUUACAAAAGAAAAUGGAGACGUUUGUUCAAUGCUGGGACUGUGUGCCGUCCAGCCUGAGAGAAAAUCAGCAUCAGAGCUUGACUUCAGCCUAAACGAACAGGGUUUGAUCUACACAAAACCCUCAAGAGGAACUGGUCCGGAGGUUCGUAUCAAUCCCAUCUGUAAUUUCUGCCUCCUCUUCAUCAAGACAGUAGAGAGCUUGUUGCCAAAAGAGAAAACUGAAGCGGCUAUAGAGGAACUGUUGGAGAAAAUCUGUGGUUAUUUGCCUGAACAUUAUGAGGACACGUGCAACACCUUUGUGAAAACCUAUGCAAAGCAGUUAAUUGAGCUCCUGCUGUACUCCAUGCCUCCUCAUGCCAUCUGCACCGCACUGGGACUCUGUCUCUUACCAGAAACGCCAGCGAUGGCCUUAUCCGCCUCACAAACGGACUGUGACUCCUGUAAGAUUCUAGCGGUUCUUUCCCAGUUUCAUUUGGGUCUCAACGCAACAGACACGCAGACGUCUGACCUGCUAAACAAGAUUUGCCACCUCCACCCUGACGCCAUCCCUCAAUGUGAAGGCUUUGUGAAGUUUCACGGCCACAGACUCCUGAAGACUGACGGGAAACAUCCUCUGAUUACUGCAUGUCUGAAAGAUGACCUUUGCAGAGGACAAUUCUGA